GCGAUCUGCCCUCAGGGUUGUAAUUCCAAUCACGGCUCUUGUGACGCACCCGACAGAUGCCAAUGUUCUCCGGGAUGGACUGGGUCUACCUGUGACGAUGGUACUCUGUAUUUACAUUGCAUGAAUGUUCUGUUAUUAUCAACGUUUUCCUCGUUAUCUUUCCCAUCUUAAUCGUGUAUGCAUAUCAUUUUGAUAACCAUAAAGUACUCCAACCAGUUUUCAUUUGUCUUAAGACGGGUUCAAAUCCGGAGACUGAGAUCCCAUCUAGGCCUUAUCCGUAGGCAAUUUAGGGAAAGUUCACUGCAAAUUCAAGGUAUUCGGGCUCCGUCGAGUGCUCCUUGAAGUGUUUCGAUGGCAGCCAUAUAGACGCCGCCUGAGGGUACACGUGAACAGAUUUGCAACGUAUGAUUGCCUUCCCCUAGAUCAAUCCUCCUCGGAUCUCAGAGAGUUGGAUUGGUAUGAAACUGAUCAGUUUGUUGAAUAGUUAUUUUCUUGUUUGCUUACAUGAAUAUCACAUUUUUAUAUAUGUUUAAAGGCAAGGACCCUUCCUAUUCAUUUUCAUAGCUGAUUGCUGAUCAUAAAAAGAAAGCUGUCACUUUUAAAAUGAGCGACGAUCUUCACUCGCAAUCUUUUUAAGUCGAUUUAAUGGAAGCUAAGGUAGAGGUGACGUUACGAGUGGCAGUUUCUCGUGUUUUUAUGUAUAGAUGUCAAUGAAUGUGCUACAAAUAAUGGUGGAUGUAACCAAAUUUGUGUGAAUACAACUGGUUCAUAUCGGUGCAGCUGCAACAUUGGAUACACCCAGCAUGGCCACAGAUGUCAAGGUAUGAUCUUUACCAUGACGUUCAGCGAUGCUCAUUUAGAUGUCGCAUCUCAAAAGUGUUUAAAGAGGAAUUAAAUUUUUUUCGCUGAGAUACAAAGGGUCUAAGAAAGUUUUUUGGCAAGGAACAACCAUCUUCGCGCUGUGAGAUUUUAUAAUUUUUUCUUCAUUCUUGAGAUAAAUGUUUAGUGCUUUGACAACAUUGGGACCUCUGCAAAUGCUGAAAGUUCUUCUUAUUCUUCCACUUUAUUAAGAGGUGCAUUUGAAUUCAUCGAUUUCUUCAACGAGAAAGAGACAGACCUUAAGCCUCCACACUCAAAACUAUCUCGAUCAUUCACUCUCCACGCUUUACUUGUAAGCCAAGUUAUCUGUCUGUAUUCAUGUGUCAUUUUCAGACAUCGACGAAUGUCAGACAUUAAUACCAGGACCUUGCCAUUGUGGGGUUCCUGAAGAACCUUGUGGUGCAAACUGUUCCAACAUCAUUCCUGGCUACCAGUGCACUUGCGCACCAGGAUUUCAGCUCCGAGAUGGUGGAACCAUCUGCGAUGGUAACUUUGAAAACAAUCUGUUACUGAUUUGUCAAGAGGAAGAAAAUCGGAGAUGGCUUCCUCAGGGUGUCCAUGUAAAUCAGUGUAAUGUAGAGGAAAUGCUGAAGGUGUCUUGAGUCUCUAUAUGAUACAAAUAUUUAUUACAUGUGUUUGUCUUUAAGAUGUCAACGAAUGUUUAACAGCAAAUGGAGGAUGCCCACAAACAUGCCAUAAUCAACCCGGAAGUUUUUCAUGCGGCUGCUUUAAUGGCUUCAACCUCAUUAGCGGGAACAACGGUACUUACUGCGAAGGUGAGAUAACUCACUUUGUACAUGUUUUCAGGAAAAAGUUAGGAAAAAAUUGAAGGUCAGGGCGGCUGGAAUGUGAUCAGAAUAGCACCUUGCCAGCCAGCUAAUAGUUCUCGCUUUAUUGACAUCUCUAUUUCUCUCUUUGCGCAGUGCCACUGUUGUAAGACUGACAGCAAUAUUACUCUUUGUUGUCAGAUAUUGACGAAUGCCUGUCGAGUAAUGGUUUCUGCACCCACCUAUGCGUUAACACUGCGGGAUCUUAUCGUUGUGAAUGCCCCACGGGGUUCUUUUUGGAUUUAAAUGGAAAAUCUUGCUCGGGUAUGUUACUCCCUAUGAACAUGGAUACAAGUCUGUUUGAGACAGCAGAGGAGCACAGGCAAAUGUUUGUUCUUUCUGUCACAUCCGUCUUCGUUUACAACCUCAUCUAAACCUCGAGGUCAGAUUCCCCAUGAAGCUUUAUACAGGUGUUGAGUUGACCGAUUCUUAUUAAAAACGCUCAGGAUGAAACUCCUUGUUUGCUUAUGUUACAGCAAAUAAAGUAUGUUUGCUGGGACACCAUGGCUGCCAGCAAAAGUGUAACAAUUACCUUGGAAGCUUCUACUGCUCUUGCAACUCGGGAUAUGAACUCAACGAAGACAACAAGACUUGUUCAGGUAAAAGGCCACUCCCCUCUUACCAUGGAGUUUACCAUAGCCUCUUAGUUUUGAAAAGUACUUCUUGCCACCACCUUUCUUGCCAACUCACCAAGGAAAUAGUAAUUACUUUGCGCAGAGGUCAUUAGUUGAUGGCUAUUUACUUAAUUUGUCGUUCACACUAUCCAUGCAGGUACAGCUUCUCGAAUAAAAUUUAUUCUUCGAGUACCAUGUCUUUUGUUUUUCCAGAUGUGAACGAAUGCACCUCUGUGUUCGUAAAGAGCCUUAACAAAACAGUCAUUCCAGCAGGAUGUGAUCAAAUCUGCCACAACACACAAGGGAACUUCACCUGCAGCUGUGACCCGGGAUAUCAGCUUCUGUACGAUGGAAAGCGGUGCCGGGGUAAGACUGUCUUAUAGUCCUUUUGUAAUGCUUCGGAACAUAAAAACAACUUCAGUUGAUUUUUAACCAUCAUAAAGAAUAUAAUUGUCGUCUAUAAUGACUGCAUAAAAUUUUGGAGACUCUAACAUCUACCUUGGCUACAGACCCGACUAUGGGCUGAAUAAACCAUCGACCUAUCGAUUAACCCACCAGUCUGCUCUCCUAAGGAAAAGUUGAGCAUGGAUCGAAUACUGCUCAGUUACAGAUCGCUGAUCAUAUUCGUUUUACUUCACAGACGUGAAUGAAUGUAACACAGGAGUUUACCUUUGUGAACACAAGUGCCACAACACACCUGGGUCUUAUGGCUGCUCGUGUUUCUAUGGCUACAGACAACGGGCCGACAUGCGAACCUGUGAAGGUAGGUUAUGCUAUGCAACUGCUACCUUACAACAAAUUCAUGUUGUUAAGGUUGUUCUCAGAGUCUAUCAGAGAGUACGAGACCUCGGAACAAAUGUUAUUGAGCAACAGGUACAAAGGAAUUAAGCCUUCACGAACGUGUAGACAUCUGUCAUUACCGUUCUUUCAAAUUUUUUUUCCUCGUCCUAAUUAGGACUUCCUUGUGAGGACAUCAUUGCCCCACCUCAUGGUCACAUGACCUGCAGCGGAUUUGUCACAAAUGAGACCUGUUGGUUCACGUGCGAGGAUGGAUAUGAAAUACAAGGUUCUGAAAAGAGAACUUGCCUCAAUUCUUCAAAGUGGGACGGACAGCAAACGUCUUGCAAAGGUAACAACAAUGGCAGUUGAACAGUCAGCAGAUUUUCAAACUUCUCAGUUCUCCUUCUUCUUUUUCCAGUCACGUUUCUUUCUACGAUAUCUUUUCUACACCAAAUUUGGUUGUAACUCUUGGAAAUCUUUUUGUCUAUCAUCUCCUGUUUUACGAUCAUGUUUAAUAGUAGAGAUCUCUUUUAUGUGUGAGGAGUUUGUACUGCAAGCUUAGCAAGCCAUCACUUGUAUCAUUUGGAUGCUUCCGCCUACCUUGUGGUUCCAUUAAUACUCAUGUUAAUGUUACUUCCAUAACUCAACACAGUGAGAGGUUGUGGUCGACUGUAUCCACCAGAUAAAGGCAUGGUUUUUCUUCCCUGUCACGAGACGUUUGGUUCUACCUGCACAUUUGACUGUAUGGAAGGAUAUGUUGCAUUUGACAGCAAUAUUGUAACGUGCCAGCUGACUAACUCCAGCAACGUAGCAUGGGACGUAAGAAACUACACGUGUGAAGGUAUGAGUUGUCAUUAGGAAAUGGGCAUUGACUGAAGAAUUCAUAUCGAAGCAAAAACUAAACUCCUAUUCUCUUUUCCCUGAGAAUGUCAUUCCUCGGUGCACUGGUAGUAAACAGGAAUCUGUUAUUUUACCCAUUUACUAAGUAUCUUAAUUCAUUUCUGUUUUAAUUCUACCUAGAGAUAAAUCUUUGCAAGCCCAAUCCCUGUCGGCAUGGAGGAAGAUGCAUCCUCAUCGAUUCACAAAAGUUUUCAUGUGAUUGUCAGAAUACGGGGUAUGAGGGGGAUCUCUGUGAACGAGGUGUUCUUACACCUCCUGAUUUCCCAAUACUAAUUCCUGGAAGGCCUUCGGAAAAUCUUUCAUUACUUGCGAAACCUGACAAUGUAUUAACUGUUUCCUUCAAUGCGACCCUCAAAGUGACCUUCUAUCCUAAGAAAGUGAUGAUUCAGUAUCCAUCAGAUCAAGCGGAGUUUAAAGUUAUUGGACACGAGUCUGGAGUUGGUAUAGUGUCAUACGACCUCAGCGGGAUAGACAAGCAUACUUUUGUGUCUCCCACGGAUAGCCCAAUCUUUGUUGGUCUUAACAUGUCAAAUGCAAACAGCAUUUACACCAGACUGGGCCUUUUGAUUGGUGAGGUACCAAUCGGAUGCCAAAUAAGAAACCUAGAGAACUUCCCAUGCGGGCUAAAAGUAGCUUAUACCUCCUCCUCGACCCUGCCAAAUGAUGUUCUCGUCCAGUCAGGGCCUGUUCACAUCAUUACAUCCGACAACAAAACAAUUCCUUUAAGUCUUGUGGGAUAUAAUUUUGCUUCACCUCAUCAAUCAGGUCAAGAAUCAGAGCUGCUGAAAACACUUAUCGCCCAGACAAACACCACCAAUACGAGCUCGGCAGGCCAAACAUCGAACGAAAUGUGCUCCUUUCAGCCAAGCGCAGAAGCCUUGAUUGAAUUAAUCCAGGAAGACGCUUUUCCAAAGUCUUUCAUGCGGUACUUGACAGACAAGUUACCAUUAUGGAUACGACUUAUAGUUACAGACGACAACAAUUUAUUUGCCGCAGAAAACAUUCGAGCCGACCUCAUUCAAACCGCAAGCACGCAGAGUGACUACCUAAAUUGCAAGCUUCCUCCUCUUAGUAUCUCCACUGCAAUGGUCACAUAUCGUCCGAAAGUCACUUUCACUAUCUGCGCCGGAAGUAAACAAAUUUCCUUGUCCAGCAAAGGCUGUUGUUUCGCAACCGACCCUUGCGGUAGUGCAGUGUUCCUGGCAUUAUCCAAAAAGGCUGGUGAGGAAAUUAGCAAAAUGCCCGUUUUGAAGGACUUGACUGACAAUGGCUGGGGUGUCCUGUUAUCAUCUUUUGGUUUCACCGCUCCAAAAAAACACCAGAGCUUAACGAACUCCUUGCCUUCUGAUCCAAUGUCUGAACACUUUUCAGAUUUUCAUUAUAAUAUGUGGUGGAAGGGAACUACUAACAUUUCCCUGAAAAACACAAGUGAUUUUACAAUCAACAUGAAAAUGAGUGGCCAAGUUUUCUCAUUUGCAGAAGAUUUGAACAGCGUAAGUAUAAAGCCUUGUCUUGUAACUAUUGAAAAAUAGUCGAGAGAAUUCAAUUUCAUCUUAAGUUUACCAAUACCCAGACACCCUUGGGACCAAGGCAAACUAUGCUUAGCUUUGAUUUCAGUGCGACGUAAUAAAUCUCCGUGGGCGUGUGAAGAAUCAUAUCGGACAUCACAGAAGGAUCAAUUACACUAUAAUCCUUAAUUUUAUCUGUCUUGUAGUUACUCACCAGGUACUUUUCUCGGCCAAUCAAGAGUAUAUUUCAUGGAUCAGUCGAGUUUACUUUUUCUAUGCAAGCUCUAGGCGAGAAGUUUUCUCUGAGGUUUCACGCCAACAGUGUGAUCGCAAAGUCACAACUUGGAGGUAAAUUUUAACGAUGCUUUCAUAGAUUUUAUUUUGACUGAUUCAGUUUGAUCCUGAUGCCCCCCUCUCCCCGUUAUCUUCCCUUCCUUUUCUUUUUAUCAUUAUUAGGAUGGUUAUUAUGUUAACAGUUUGUUACCAGUACAUUUUGUUUUCUUUACUAAGGACCACCCCUUCUCUCAUCCGAAUGCCAUGUUCCCCAAGGCUUCACCUUUACCCUAGAUCGAGCAGCCGAACCUUUCAAGAAUAGCAUUUUUUCAAUCUUCCUUAAACCCAAUGGAGGAAUCAAAUAUUUGCAAAUCUACUACUCUAUUGACGGUGGAGAAGAUAUCGCAGCAUUCGAUCCUAACAACAACCUGAAAUCUCUGGAAUAUCAGACGCAAGACAUAAAGAAGGUCUUUUUAGAUGUUCAGAUAUCUGUUCCUGAAUUGCAAGAACUAACACAAAGGGGGACUGCAACGAUAGAAGAGACAGUCGCUAAGGUCAUCAAGGCUCGAAAUUUUCUCACCACGUCUUCAGAUCUCUUGAAACUAAAAAAACUGGUUGCAGAGAUUGACAACGAUCUUGACAAGAUACCAAGAGUCCUUGAUCUUUUCAUAGCUAGGUCACAAGCGUACAGGAAUCGUUCAAACGUUGAAAAUGCCAUCAGUCGCCUCCUUAAACUUAAGUCAGACCUUCCAAAGACCAUCUCUCUGGUAUUCACUCAGUCGUCCAUUCAGCAAUCCUUUGUUGGUAUUCGUUUUGCCCUUGUGGCACGGAUUUGUCACAGAAGACUCUGUUUUACCAACAUUAAUUGUAAUGUUUGGUCUCUGACUGACAACUACUGUUUUACCAACAGUUCUGGCACAGACAAAAGUAUAAUCGUAAUGGGAACUGCCUUGAGAGACACACCCCUUGGUAGUGCAAUAACUUUCCCUGCUUGGAGACCGCUGAGAAUGUUAAUAAGUCGCAAAAAUGAGCCACUUGAGACUACAUUUGAGUGUUUCGUUCGAUUAUUGGGACUGACCAAAACCACUAGCAUACGAUUGGUGGGACAUGAGCUCUUCUUUUCCAUCUCGGGACCAAUUUUUGGAACAUUCGAGACGCUUUUGAAAGUAACAGCUGACCUUGAAAAUGUUGCGGACUGGAAAUCCUUGGUGUUUGGAGUGAAGGGCACCAUGAGAAAGUCAUCAGGUCUUCAUGUGAUGCUGGAAGGUACGAUUGCCAACGAGACUACUUUUGCAGCCGAAGAAGCUGCCCGAAGGUUGGGGAUGGCGAAGGCAGCGUUUAGUGUUGCAAAGACGAAAGUAGAUGCAGCCAAAAAAUUUCUCAAAGAGAAACAGACGAUUACCGAACAGCUGAGAAGAAAAAAGGAAAAAGCUGCAGAGGAUCUUCGUGUGGUACGUCUGCAAUAUCAAUUGGCAAAAGUGCGUUUCAACAACAUGGUCAACCUCAAUCGACAUCUUCUAAAUCCUAUAUGUGAAAUAAGAGAGUGUAACUACACUUGUUUGAACGGCUGUGUUCUCCCUGACCUCUGCCAGGACCCGAUAAACAUAACUUAUCUUGAGCGAUACUGUGCAACAGUUGACAAACCAAUGACAGUAAAGGUUGUGGAAAGCAGUUCUAGAAAACGUAGUUUUAGUGUGCAGACGUAUCUCACCGUGUAUACUGGAAACUGUAAAUCUGGGGUCUCCUUCAAAAAAAUAAUGGAUUAUGUUAAGAGGGAAGCUCAAGUUGGAAAAUUUGAUGGAUGGAUUAUUGGAGGUGCGUUUGGAUCCAUUGCAACGAAAGUCGCAAAGGUUAUUAGAGGAUUGGCUGGUACGAUUGGUGGAGGUAUUGUUGGACAUUUCAGCAAGAAAAUAUUUGGCUGUUCUGAGACUUACAAGACAAUUCUUGGUAAACCACGGCUUGUAGAGUACGAACAGAAAAGUUUCGAGGUAAAAGCUUCAGUCAAGAUGAUCAAGGAAAUUGAGUGCUCAGGCCAAAAAGAGAAAACAAAACCUGGUGGAUUUGGUCCUCCAUACCCUUGCUGUAAGCGAUAUGGAUGCCAAACCAAAGUCAUUGAUCCCCUUUGUGUCAAACACAACGAAGAAUGUCUUAUUUCUAUGACUGAACUUAAAUUUACGCUUGAUACCUUGAAUGAAACUUUUCAGAAUGCCUUUCUGAAUCUUAAGGAAUCCGUUGACAAGGUUAAAAAGGCUACAGCUGUUUACGAGAAAGCGAGAAUUCGUCAUGAAGUGGCACUCGAUGAGCUGCAUAAAGUAAAAUCUUACACGGAGCUGAGCCUAUUCACGGUAGAAAUUGUAAAUGCUUCUAUGAUUCAUGUUCGCCGAGUCGUCGACUUUGGACUGAAGAUAUCCCAAGCUAUAAACGCCACUAAUUCGUAUGGUAAUAAAACUGUAGAUGUGGGAGACCUUAGGUUUUCACUAACCACAGCAUCAGAAGACACAAGAAAGAUCCCUUUUCAAUGCAAUGUUAGCUUUGCUAAUAGUCAAUCAACGUUAGUCUCUUUUGUAGUUGACUUCGAUCAAGUCGAACGCUCUAUCAAUUUUGCCUCCAAGACGAUCCUUAACGAGCUGUUCGGUGGGAAGAAGCGGCUGGCUUCGGAAGAACAGAGUCACUUUGAGAAUUCCACAAACGUAAAUGCUUUAUAUAUCAGUUUCACGGAUUACCCUCAUGCAUGCCAGUUUGCCAAUUCAACACAUUUGUUCCUGAUCUCCAUUCUUCGCCCACUGGAAAACCUAAUUUCAGCCGCUAAAGGACUGGAUAAAGAGCUAUCCUCCGGAUUCCAAGACCUUGAAAGACUGACACACACUGUUUAUGGAAGCAGCUCUUUGUCCAAUUCGUCGAGUAAUUCCAAUAUUUCUAAUAGUUCCUCAAGAAGUCCAAACAGUUCGUUCGUCUCAGACUACCUAGAGAUGAUAGAACUCCUCAAAACUGAGAGCACACAGGUUAGAAAUGACUCUUCACAGUCUUGGAAUGAAACUCUUGAGGCAUGGAGGGCAUUCCUCGAGGUAUUCACCCAUAAAAGCGGGUUUCAGGAAUGUUCAGGUGCCAUGGACUGCAUCGAAUAUUCUUUUGAGGGGCUAAGGGAAUUUUACGAGUUUGAAAGCAGUUCACAAGCAAUAACGAUAAAAAACGCACUUCCUAAGCUGAAAGACAUGAUUAUGGCAUUAACUUCCAAAGCCUUAACAAUGCCAGAAACUGAAAACACGCUCCAACAAGCUGUUUUGUUGCUGAAUGAAACCCGCGACGAUUCCGUUUUAUGUGGGGGGACACCGUACAUUACCUCUUCACCUCAAAAGGAAAUUAUCGUCCUGAAUGGAGAAAGUUUAUCGCUGCGUUGCACUGCUGAAAGCGAUGCUGAGAUAAAGUAUGCUUGGAUGAGGAAUCACAAGCUUGUUGACGAAUCACUGGAUGGAACUUUCUAUGUACGCGCUAUCAGCAAGCAACACGAAGGUGCUUAUGUCUGUGUCGCUUCAAACAAUAAAGGCAGUUCAUCGUCUAACGUAACGAUUAUCAAAGUUCAUAAUAAGCCCAGUAUCACUCUACAUCCACAGCCACAAAGAGUUAUUGUGGACGAUGAAAUGGCCGCGACGUUUAUUUGCAACGCAACGGGCCAGCCUGCACCUACUUUACAAUGGUUCUUCAUAUCCAUCAAUUCGUCUGUUGUCAAAAUUAACGAGACGAGACCCGUUUUACACAUGCCUGGUCCUCGCCGACAUCAAGAAGGUUAUUACUACUGUGAGGCAUCCAACGAGCAUGGUAUGGCAAUCAGUCAGAAGGCCCGGCUUGACGUACUAGGCUACUCUGUGGGCCUUCCCAGGCUGCUUUUCGCCCUGAAUAUCUCAUCUUCCUGCUGGGAGGUAUCAAAUAGCUCCAACAAUUCCGUGCACAAAGCUCUGUCAUGCAAUUCCAGCAAAGAAGUUUUGCCUUCAUCAGAAAACGAGGCCUUAACUGAUGAAAUCUGUCGUUCCCUGGCAAGAUCACUUACUGCGUCCAUCAAGCUGAUCUCCGAGUUUGAGUACAGCUCAAGAAAUAAUUACUCCGCCACCAUUGCAUUUAUCUUAGAUAUCGAUAAAGAAGCUUGGAAACAAUCCAACUUUACCCGUCACAUGGAAAUAGUUGAAGCCAUUGCUGAUGUUGGCGUCAAUCUGAUUGAAAAAGUGGAACAGUUUAAUUCUAGCAUACUGAACGAGACUUUUAAGGUACCUUGGAACAACACCAUUGUUUAUGGAGAUCCUGGAAGCCUUCAUGUUUACCCUCUGUCUCCGGAAUGUCCCUCCGGACAGGCCCUCGAUGGAAAUGGAUACAUUUGUGGUAAGCAUAGCGUCAACUUUAACCCAUUUCUAAUUGGCUCGGAAUUAUAGCAAGGCACAAAGUUGGAAAAAGUUCUGCUUAUACCUCGUUCCAGACAUUACAUCCCUGUCUUUGACUCUAACAUUUGAGGCCGACGUUGACGGACCUGAGCUUGUAGCUAACUGAACGUUUCAAAAGCCCCUCUGAUGUAUUUGCGAACGCUUUAGUCCUAUUUUACUUGUUUACACCUCUAUGCUUACGAGUUAGCCAUAAAAUUCAGUCAAUAAAGAAUUUAUUUGUCUGAUCUGCUUUCUCUCUAAACAUACUGUGUCUUUGUCUCAUCAGCAAACUGUCCUGCUGGCUCAUCAUAUGUAGAGGAGAAUGAAACAUGCACAGAAUGUCCGUUCGGAACUUACCAACCUGUGCAAGGACAAAGAAGAUGUAUUCCCUGUGGCGCAAACCUCACCACAGUCUUUAAUGGAACAGUGGAGGAAUCAGACUGUAUUGGUAAUGUCAAGUAUUGUUUUCUUGGCUCGGUUUUAUCUCGGGUGACAUUCUUGCUUUCGUAUCGCAAAAGACUUUUGCAUUGAGGAAAUCUAGAAAGUCUAAUAUUGUAUUUAACUUCAAACAAAAUGCCUGGGGUUGUCUUUACUGAUUCAUAAUAGACACCGUAAAUGUUAAAAAUGUCUGAACAUCAAAGAAUUUUUUAGAAGCUUAAAGAGAAAUGAAGUAUGAUGACAAAAAUUUAGGAAAAAGUCAAAAUCAACCUUUAGAGAUUACUAGAGUUAUUUGUGUUGUCAAUCUCUAGUAAAAAUCCAGUUUUUUUUUUCAUCAAAAUAGGUCCAAAAUACCCUAACCUUUUUUCUGUAUACAACGUUUUCUAUCACAUUUUCUUCAUACUUCGAUCGCCUCCUUUCCAACAAGAGUACACAACAGGAACUUACUUUUGAGACUCUGAGUUAAAAGUACCAUUAAUAUCACAUUUUUCUCUUUAUCCGGUGCCCCUUCAGCUGAUUGUCCAGCUGGUUCAUACAGUACAAAGAACAAAAUAUGCUCUUUUUGUCCGCUUGGCAUGUACCAACCAUUCCGAGGGAAGUCAGCUUGUAUUUCUUGCGGUAAAAACCUAACAACAAUAACCGAUGGAACUGUGGAAGAAAUGCACUGUAUAAGUAAGUUAACAUUUGUCACAAAUUUGAGUUCAAAUGUAGAGCGAUUGAAGUUAUAACUUCUGGCCACAAAACGUUAGCAAAUUGGCUGGCAUAUAAACAACGUCUUCCUUUUAUGUUACGUUUUGUGAGGAGAGGAUUAAGGCCUCUCUUCGUUUUGUGUUGUACUUAGACAGCCCCUAAUGCAGGAAAACGUAAAACGAUCAAAUCACGAUUGGUUUUAGUCUUAGAUUUAAUUGAUUCACAGGAAGUGCAGGUUUUCUAGAAAAGUCUAAAAGCGUAGUAAGACAAAGCCAAAGCAAUUCUCGUUACUUUUGAUAUUAAUCUCAAAAAUUACUCCAAAAACUGAGCCUGUUCAACAGAAGAAACGACGACAAAUCAUAGGAGAAAGUGAAGAUUGUUUUCUCAGCUAUGCAGUACCUUAGUAAUUUUUCCAUUUUCGUUUUUGUCGACCCUUCCGAGUCUAAAGAAAACCGUGAAAACUGCUACGAGUGUCUCGGAGAACUUACCGUUAACCCUUUACCCCCUAACAUCAAUAUGCAUAUUCUCCAUACUGUUCUCCAUAGAUUUCCAAAGAGGCUGACAAGGAGAAUUUGUUUCACAAUCAAGAGCUGCUUUAGUUGCUGAUCAUCUCCUCUAUUCUCAUAGCUUCCAUAUUUGAUUCAGGGGUGACACAGUAAGGAGAAAUCAGAUGCGAGUCACUCUUAAGGGCUGAAGGGUUAAGAUAUGUUUAACUAUUCUUUACGCAGCGAACUGUCCUGCCGGCUCGUACAGUUCUGUGAACCGGACAUGCGCUCUUUGUCCGCUUGGCUUUUACCAGCCUUCUGUUGGUCAGAUGGAUUGCCUUCCCUGUGGACAAGGUUUCAUCACAGCCUCACCAGGAGCUGUCAGUGAAUUGCAGUGUGAAGGUGGGCUAUUGUUGUCUGCUACAACAUUUAUGAUUAGUUUUCAGACUGCAAUGCAAUCUUAUUUUGUUGGUCAAAUCAUUUAAAAUUUUAACGUGAACAAGAUUGUUAACUUAGUGCAUAUUUUUACUUUGGAAAUGACAGAGAUUCAAAAGACCCCAGGAGAGGCCAAAGAGCAGGAAAAUGCUGACGAGUCGUCUUGGAAACUUCCCGUCAUCAUUAAUACUUCAUCACUU